AUGUACUCAGUGUCGCAUGUGAAACGUAUUUUUAUUGAUCCAGGUAGCUCGGCCAACAUUAUCCGGUGGAAGGUAGUGGAGCAGCUGGGACUGUUGGAUCAGAUUGUACCAGCAACCCGGGUCCGAAACGAGUUUAAUAUAGCAUGUGAAACUACAAAAGGCGAGAUCACACUACUAGUGAACACGACCGGUAUAGUUCAACACACAAAGUUUUAUGUCAUUGAUGGGGAGAUGAGAUACAACACCUUGCUUGGAAGACCGUGGUUGCACAUCAUGAGGGCGCUACCUUCAACCUUGCACCAGAUGCUGAAAUUUCCAACCUCAGAAGGAGUAAAUAUCAUUCAUGGGGAGAAACCUGCGGCAAAAGAAAUGUUCGCCGUUGAAGAAGCCGUUCAAACACGAAAGAAAGCCAUGCACGAGGGUGCGGAGGAUGCAAAUGAAAUAAAAGACGCCAAAUAG